AUUGCAACUAAAUUGCUCCUAAUAAGCAAAGACAGCUUAACGUCUCUAAGAAUAGUACUAUUUUUGUUGUUAGUUUUUCAGAACUUUUCCGAAGAGACGUGUGGUAGCCAAUUCUUUGCCCAAGACAUCCACUGCAAAGGGAAUAUACUGAUUGAGACUCAGUCAGCUUUGCCAUCUCAUUGCACAAUCAGCGUCAAAGUGGAUCACAAAGCUCUGGUUGACGAAAAGAAAGCUUCCCCGGAUGGCAAAGAUCUCCGAGUGUUUUACCUUUCUGACAAGGAGAGGUCGCCGUACGAGAUCGAUCGAGUUGUCACCGGCUUGAACACAACUGAAGCACGUGUGCAAUUUCGAAUCCAGAGGAUGAUUCCCAGUAACACAGUUGACACCACUUCCUACGCUCUCGUAUUUGCCGGGGAAAAAGCUGGGAAUGUGAAGUCUGACCCCAAAAAAGUAUUCGCUUUCUUCGAGGAUUUUUCCGACUCGAAGUUGAAGCAGUGGACGCGGGUGUGGGGCGAGUGGACUGUCAAGAAUGGCGCUGUGUUUGGCAAAACGGGGAAGUCAUCUUUCGGACACGCUGAAGUGGGCUUGUACUUGAAUGAAGGAAGGGAUUGGGACGAUAUUGAACUGGAACUUGAUCUGAUGGAGACAGGCUCAGGAGUUGUUUACCCUGGUCCAUUCCUACGAAUACAAGAAUCUAAUUUACAAUAUACAACGGCGUGGUGGUUUGAGUAUUACACAGACCGCAAAAAGUGUACAAUGAGGACCUUUAUCGUCAACAGAGAUGGCUUAUGGAAGUACAGAUGUCAACUUCCACAACCACUUUCCAAAAAUAAGUGGUUCCAUUUCAGGUAUCGAGUGGUGGGAAACAGAAUAUCUCAGUGGGCUAAUGAGGUGCUUAUUCAGACUUCUACAGUGGACAAGGAGUGGAUGAUUCCCAGUGGUGGCAUAGCUUUGGGUUGCCAUAGCGUAUAUAGCGGAAGCCGCUAUGGUUGUAGAACCUUCUACGACAACAUUAAGGUGAAGUUACUGGUGGAUCCAAUACCUACAGUGUCCGUUGAUGACAGGUGUCAGCUUAACUGCCAAACAGGUCCACCCAUUGGAACAAAGGAGCACCCAGCAAACUCUUGCAAGCAGAUCCAUGACUCCAAACGCAGUGAUCAAAACAAAUCUUCUGCAAAGAACGGCGUGUACUGGAUCAAGGCUUCAUUGAAAUGGAGCGACAGCAUUCAAUCUUUCUGUGACAUGAAAAAUGGUGGUUGGACUCUGGUUGGAAAGAUCUACGGCCGGGUGGGAAAUGUCUAUAGCAAAUGGCUCGUGAAAAAUGUCAACACACAAGAUCUGAAAGUGCCAAAGAUCGACUCG